GCCGGCGGGCGUCACGUGGCCUCCAUCAGCUGGGCCAGCGGGGGCGCUCGCGGGUCCCACUGCGGCUGCCGGCCGAGCCCACCCGGGGGUCGCCCGGGCCGGCCCAGCUCCGCCAGCUUCGGGCCGCGGCCUGCCCUCCGCUUGCAGUUGGGAGGGUGGGCGUGCCCUUGCAACCCCUUUCCUGUACCCUCCUUUGCAGAGAUCUGUUGGUAAUCUGAGGAUUUUUAUUCCACGUCGUCUUGACAGAUGGAAAACCUGAAGUAACUUCGGGCUAACCUUGUGUUUUUGGAAAAUUAGUAGACUUGGUGGUGAAGAAACUGGGAGGAGUAGGAUAUUAGCUAACUUUGCAUAGCCACAUAUACAGCGUCGCAGCUGCAUUCCACCAAAGAGGAACCAAAAGGCAUGUGGUGUUCCCAGGGUACAUAUUCAUGCCAGAAGUGAAGUGCCUUGGUGGAUUCGUUUCCUGAAAGUUUAUCGCAUACUUGUACUGGGUUAGGAUUUUUAGAACCUGGACCUACAAGAAGAUAGUACCAAAGAGGCCUUAUUUAUAACAUGAUAAGGUAGGGAACAUCUUAAAUAAAACUUAAGCUUUAUGAUGAGUUUAGCUCUCAUUUCAGCUAUAAACUUGAACUUCAGCACUGACAUAUACCAAAGCCUGUGUGUUGCUACUAAAGGACACAGUAAGCUGCCCCCAGAAUCAACACCAAACAUUAGCUGUCUGUGAAAGCAGCUCACUCUUAAGAUGUUUUAGAAAUACGGGACUGAAGAGAUCUGGGAUUACUCUUACGUCCAAGCAAGCCUUAUGCCAGCCUGGACCAUCUUGGAGGCAGUGUAGGAUCAUGGAAGAACUUUGAAUUAGGUUUUUAGAACUUCAGCCAUAAAAAUGGGCAGAAUUUUCCUUGAUCAUAUCGGUGGUACCCGUCUGUUUUCUUGUGCAAACUGUGAUACGAUCCUGACCAACCGCUCAGAACUCAUCUCCACUCGUUUCACAGGCGCCACUGGCAGAGCGUUUCUGUUUAACAAGGUAGUUAACCUGCAGUACAGUGAAGUUCAAGAUCGGGUCAUGCUCACUGGCCGCCAUAUGGUUCGAGAUGUGAGCUGCAAAAACUGCAAUAGCAAACUGGGAUGGAUCUAUGAGUUUGCCACUGAAGACAGCCAGCGAUAUAAGGAAGGCCGCGUGAUCCUGGAACGUGCUCUAGUUCGAGAGAGUGAGGGCUUUGAGGAGCAUGUACCAUCCGAUAACUCUUGAAGAUACAGAGAGAAAUCCAUGUUUUCCCAGGUCUCCUUCACUGAAAACAAAAAUCUACUUACAUACACUGUCACCUUAGCAUCAGAGUCGGAUUAAUGAACUGUGGAACAAGAGGUUGUGAGAAUCUAAGAUGGAACCUUUCUUUCUUUUUUUUUUUUUUUAAUUUUGUAUUUUCCAUCCAACAGCAGUGUGUAGAGAAAAUAUUAUGCAGAUGCCGUUAAUUUUUUACCCUAUGUUUACAUCUUGAGGCAGAAGAGUCUGUCUGCAGCUAUGUGGUGAGCUAUGUAAGGAAAAAAAUCUGGGCUGUUAGAGUGAAAAAGUGUGUUUUAUGUCAAUUGUGAAAGGAAAAUGUUAGGAGUAUGGUUUUUAAACUUGGGCUUCAUUUUAAACUUUUUUUUUUUUAUAAACCCAGUUAUUUCACUUGAUUUGCUAGCUUCAGAGAAGAGAUCCGAAUCUGUGCCCAGCGCUAAAGGCUCAGUGUUAGCAUGGCUUGUGCUGGCCGGUGUGCCAUAUUCUUGUUGGAGAUGAACCGUAGCACCAGAGCCCAUUCUUCCUUGUCAGUCUUAACCCAAAGAUGUCACCAUUCGUAGUUAUUUGUCACCACAUAAUUGGUGUUGAUUGGAAACUUUUUCUCAGAUGGGACAGAACUGCUGGGUUGUCUUUUUCCAUGUAACUUAAGCAUAGUAAUAUAAAUAAAGUAAUAGUUGGAUGCUUUUGGUCCUGUGUUGCUUUUAAAAACACCUUAUAAAAGAGGAGAGUAUUUGAUAAGCAAUUUUCAUAGUAGUAAAGUUUCUUUUCAUCUCUUAAACUAAAUUGACCAUGCAUAUAAUAUUCUUUGUUUAAAUGAAAGCAUACUGUUUAAACCCGCAGUGUUGCAUUUAGAAAACAGUUGAACAGAAUGUCAGUGUGCAUUCAUGCAAAAAACAUUUAAUCUGCAUCUGUUUUAGAAAAGGGGGAAAUGAAGCAACUUACCUAAAAAUACUGCUUUACAAAGCAUUUCAGCCUUUCCCCCUCAGUUUUGCAUUGAUUUUUUGGCAAGUCUGUAGAGCCUAAUAGUUUCUAUCAAAGGCCUAGAUCUCUUAUUAGCAUUUUUUUCAGCUCUUCUCUCAGGAGUUCAGCUGUUGAAACCAGAACUGUACUUUGUACCCUCAAAUAGAAAGGGAUCAAAUUUGACCUGGUGUUAUUUUAGCCCCAAAUUUAUGACAUUACAAAGUAUUAAAAUGUAAAUGUUUCUUUACCCAAACUACUUCUAGAUAUUCUAGUAUUUGCUUCUGGUAGAAUUAAAUGAUGGUAAAAUUGGCUAAUUAUUUGAAUGAAUGAAUGGAUGGAUGGAUGUUUUGCAUGCUCAAUUUCUAGGUCCUUUGUCUAGAAAGGAAAUUUGCCUCAGUUGAAUUAGUGAAAUAUUUCUGUCGUUGAUAUUGAAAGUGACUUCUGAGUACAGUUAAGUUCCUCUUAUUUGCCACUGGGCUGUUGGUUAGAAGCAUAGGUAACUGAUUAAGUAGGUAUGAUACUGUAUUUGAAAUAAGUGGACACAAACUAUCCUUUCCCCACCAUGGACUCAAUCUGAGAACAACAGCAUUCAUUUCCAUUCAUUGCCAUACUGGCUUUUGAUUAUAUGCAGAUUCCUAGUAGCAUGCCUUACCUACAGCACUAUGUGCAUUUGCUGUCACAAUAAAGUAUAUUUUGUCUUGCA